AAUGGGGAGAGAGAAAGAGAGAGAAAUCAACUAAUAACCACCGAGCCUUAAUUUUAAGCCAUUCUACCUCCUUUCCCUCUCUUUCUUCUCCAAUCUUUUGGCAUUUUUCUCUCGGUGUUUUUCUCUCUGUUUGUUUACUGAGCAUUGAUUCAGGGAACCUCCCAAGAUCCCACAAAAUCUCAUGCCUCUGACCAGUGGGAAAAUCACAGACCUCUGAGAUCUGAGGGAACCCACAUAGAUCUUAGGUUGUUUCUUCAAUUUCUCAUUGUGGGUCUUGUUCGAUUCAUUAUGAGUUGGAAGUAUAGGGCUGGUUUGUUCUUGAUUGCUGCUGUUGUCGUUAUAUGGGUCACCUCCGCAGAAGUCACCCAGGUCUGUUUUUUCUUUUUGUUUCCUUUCCUCAGAGCGUUUUGCCCAUUUGGUUUGUUGGUUUCUGUUGUUGAUUCAUAGUGAUGCGUUUUGUUUGUGUUUGGUUGGUGAGAAAUCUGUGGGGAAUAAAUGAAAGGAACGUUUUGAAUCUUGUUUCUUAAUGGUAUUUUGGUUUGUGAAAAAAAAAUAAAAAUCUGAAAACUCCCUCAAAAGUAAGGAGAGUUGUAGUGGGCUCAGUUGAGUCGGUCCAAGCAUCGUGAAAUUUAUGAAUUGAAGCUGUGGCUUCGUUUCUUUUCCUUCAUUUUCUAUACAACCGAACAGAGGGCAAGUUCAUCGGAGAACUUCAUGGUUUUGGUGUUUUGGAUUUUGUAAUGGUUGAAAUUUGAUUUAGACUCGUGCCCAUUUGUUUAAAUUAACAUGUACUUUAUCAAUAUCCCUUUGGUGCUUUGAGAAAUUAGAGUUUGAAACUGUGGGUUUUAUUUUGAAGUUGCACAAAAAAACUGAACUUCUCUUUUAUAACCUACAUGGUGUGGUUGUGGGAUUUGGAGGAAACAAAAGGAAAAUUGAAAGCUUAAUAUUAUCUCAACAUUUUGGUUUCCAGGAAAAUGAGAGAAGAAUGGAUGAACUCUUUGUAAUUACUUGGCUGAGUUGAGUUUUUCAUUUAUUAAUGAACUAAGCAACACAAAAUGCAAGACUCCAAAUUUCUUUUCCUUAGUUUUCUAUGAAACCUUGGGGAAGCUUACUAUACCCACUGAUAAAAAUUGAAAAGUGUUUCUUUGUAAAUGAAUUUUCCCAACACCAACUGACUACUAUAUAUAUAUAUAUAUAUAUUUUUUUUUUUUCCCUUUUUUGUGUGAUAAAUGUGUAUCCAAUUGUAUUUGAGAAGAACUUGAUUUGUUUUGUAACACAAGAAUGCAAAUGUCAUGACUUAUAUGAAUUUGGUUUACACUUGGGGCAAAUGUCAGGCUUAUAUGAAUUUGGUUUACACUUAGGCCAUGUCUGGAAUGUUGGAAUAGAGAAUGGGAAUGAGAAAUCAAUUCCAUUUCCAUUCAUUAAUUUGUUUGGAUUGUUUUUUUAAAAUAAGAAUAUGAAUAAAAAAAUUCAUUGCCACUCUUAGUAGGAUUUUGAUUCCUCUCUUCUACAUAGUCUUAUGAUUCACCUCUAUUUGCAUCUUGUUUUCAUUCUUAUUCCCACUGAAUAGUGGCACCUAGACUAUUAAUCCUUUUUGUGUUUUUAACCUAGCUUGAAUCACAUGUCUAAUUCCUCUGUUUGAGUAUUGAACAACAUGAAUAUGGAAGUCUGGAUGGAGCGAAAUUAGAGUUCACUUAAAAGGCAGAAGGCUAAGAAGAUAUAUGAUUUGAGUUCACCAUGCCUCUCACUCAGAUUUUACCAUACCUAGAGUUAUGCAGUUUGGAGUCCUACCCAUAAACUUCUUUCAUCUUAGGGUUUUGUAUUGUAAUAAUGUGCAUGUGUGUGAGGCUGUGGGAUUUUUUUUCCCUGUUGACAAAUUUGUGUUCUGAUAAAUGUAUGCACUCGGCGUGGGCAUGCGCAUUGCUUCAUGCAUGUGUUGCCUUUUAAGCGUCCAAAUAUAGAAACAUCAAGUUUAGUUUUGUAGCUUGCUUAUAAUUCAAAAUAGAAGAGUCUACCAUGUACCCUGGGAGGACCAGAUACCCUUUGAGUCGAUCACAUAAAAACGAAGAAAAAAAUGCUUCAAAGAUGAAAAUUUGGAUUUGCUCUCUAUCAUGACUGAUGAUUUUCUUACAUUUUCCUCUCAUGUUCUUCAACUGCUCUGGAAAUAUUGGGGUUUGUAGAAAUUGUGUUUUUUCAUGGCUUCCAUAUAACAUGUCCUCACCCCCCUCCUUCCAAAUGAUUUUCUGAUUAUUUGUUAGUUUUCUUGAAGCAUCGCUGAGAGAUUUGAAUCCAUGUAUAAAACCUGUUGGAAGUGUGAUGCUUUAAGAACUUUUAAUGAAAUUCAACAGGGUUUUCAUUUCAGGCAGUGCUCCUUUUGUUACCACUUGCCUAAAAGCUUAAGCUUAAGCUUGUAGGGAACAGGCUUACAAUUUAUAUCGGGCUAAUUCCCUCCUUCAAGUGUAGUCCCAACCUGCAGGUGGGAAGACAAAUAACCAAAUAGACAAAAAUGGUUCAAACCCAAGACAUCCAAGAAUCAGAGCUUUGAUACCAUGUUAAAGCUAAACUAGCACUUACCGCAAAAGCUUAAGCUUGUAGAAAAUGUGCUAACAAUAUAUAUCAGCCUAUCUCCUUUUUUUUAGUUCUCCAUUCUGAGCAUGUCCAUAUAUUUAUCUAUGAGUUUUAAUAUUCAAUCCAUCUGUUUGUCGAUUUUUUUCUAAUAUAAUUUUUGUGCUUAUGCAUAAUUCCUUCUUUGUUGACUUAAAGAAGUGCUUAAACCAGAUAUCAACUGACUAGUAUCUGCUGAACAGGGUAUAUUUAUUGACUAUAAGCAGCCAUUCGCGGUGACAUAUCUUGGAGCUUCUCUUAUGGUAGUUUAUCUCCCAAUAGCAUUCAUUAAGGAUUGGUUAUGUAAUUCCCUAAAACGUCGGUCUUCUAAAAGUGGUAAAAAUGCAGAAACCUUGAAUGAGUCUUCUGCUGGACUUAAUUCUCCUCUAAAACACAUUGGAGGGCAGAAAACUUUUGAAUUGGAACAUCUGGGGACUUUACCUAGAAAAGACAGCGAAACUGAUUAUUCUGCUUAUGAAGAGGGAAGGCCAUUAGUUUCUAAACGCAGAGAUGACACGGACCUGCUGAAACAAGAGAAAGCUCUUACAACCCGGCAAAUUGCUAUUUAUGGAUUUUACAUUGCCCCUAUCUGGUUUAUAACCGAGUAUUUUUCAAAUGCUGCACUUGCACGUACAAGUGUUGCUAGUACAACCGUCCUAUCUUCAACUUCAGGACUCUUCACUCUUUUCAUUGGUGCACUUUUGGGCCAAGAUUCUUUAAACGUAGCAAAAGUAGUUGCUGUCUUUGUUAGCAUGGCUGGUGUUGCUAUGACAACUAUGGGGAAAACUUGGGCCACAGAUGAGUCAAAACUAAGUGCUUCUCUAAAUGGGAAACGCUCUCUUGUUGGAGAUCUUUUUGGCCUUCUCUCAGCCAUGUCAUAUGGACUAUUUACUGUGCUUCUUAAAAAGUUUGCUGGUGAGGAAGGAGAAAGGGUUGAUGUGCAAAAGUUGUUUGGAUAUAUUGGAUUAUUUACACUGGUAGCACUGUGGUGGCUUGUGUGGCCUUUGACAGCCUUAGGGAUUGAACCCAAGUUUACAAUUCCUCACUCAGCUAAAAUGGAUGAAGUUGUUAUUGCCAAUGGCUUUGUUGGGAGUGUCCUCUCUGAUUACUUUUGGGCAUUGUGUGUUGUUUGGACAACUCCACUGGUUGCCACCUUGGGCAUGUCUCUCACUAUCCCACUUGCUAUGGUAGCUGACAUGAUGAUCCAUGGUCGGCACUAUUCAGCUAUUUACAUUCUUGGCUCAGCUCAGGUAUUUGCAGGAUUUGUAAUCGCUAAUCUAUCAGAUUGGUUUUCAAAGAAGUUGGGAUUGUAGCAUUUCAUUUGAUCAUUGUUGCUGAAUAUAGCAAUUAUGAUUCUUUGUUUGGGGCCAUUUGUCUCUCUGCAAUGUUAUUAGAAGCUGACGGUUUGAUUGAAUGUGUACAAGGUGCUGCUCUACUUAAAGUUUGGGUAGGAGGUGUUGGCUUCUAUAAAGAAGAGAAAAAGAAAAAGAAGAAUGGAAUUGUGCUGUAAUUGAUUGUGUAAAUAGGAUGCCAUGGUGAGGUCUGUUUUCCCACUAUGCUCCUGUUUUCUGAGUAUUGACCCCUGAAUAUAAUAAAUUUUUUUUUUUUUUUUGGUAAAAGAAAUAUUAAUUCUUUUGUGAAUUUAUUAUAUGCUGCAAAUUCCAUGAUUGUUUUUGUA